AAAAUCACCAGAAAUCACUUUGCAUUAUUCACUUAUCGAUCGUAUAUGGGUACCUGAUUCAUUUUUUCGUAAUGCUAAAGAAGGUAAACGUAGUGAUAUAACAGUACCAAAUCGAUUAAUUCGUAUUCAUCGUGAUGGCAAAGUACUUUAUAGUCAAAGACUCUUACUUAAACUUGAUUGUCAAAUGAAAUUACAAAAAUUCCCACUUGAUAAUCAAACAUGUGUUGUCAAUAUUGGCAGCUAUGCUUUUUCAACAAAUGAUUUGGCAUUCUAUUGGGAUGAAUCUCAAAAUAUAAGCGCUAUUCGAGUUAAUGAAGAUUUGGAAAUGCCUGAUUUUGUUUUAAGUAAUCACGAAGCUAAAUAUUGUAAUCGAACAACAGCAACAGGCGUCUUUGCUUGUAUCGAAGUGCAUCUAAGACUACAACGAAAUAUUAAUUUAUAUAUUCAACAACUUUAUUUACCGUCGACAUUGAUUGUUACUAUAUCAUUUAUCGGUUUUUGGAUCGAUUAUAAAUCUCAUCCUGCACGAACUUUAUUAAGUUUACUUAGUAUUGUCACUAUAUCAACACAAGCUGCAGUUCAAAUUUAUAUUCCAUCAAUGCUUAUUGUGAUUCUUUCUUUUGUUUCAUUUUGGAUCGAUCAUAAAUCGGUUCCAGCCAGAAUUUCAGUCGGACUUUUGACUGUUCUUACAGUUACUACUCAAAGCUCAGGUAUACGAUCUCAACUCCCACGUGUGUCAUAUAUCAAAGCAAUUGAUGUAUGGAUGUCAGCAUGUCUUGUUUUUGUUUUUGCUGGUUUACUUGAAUACGCCUUAGUCAAUGUUAUUGCUCGUAAAGGUGAAUUAAGACAACAAGUUCGUUUUUCAAAAGAAAGAAAAGGUCCUGACAGACCUCCGAAAUUAACUUUAAUUCAAAAACUCCAGAAUGGCUCGACUUUUGCUGCCGAGAGAGUUAUUGGCAAUCGUCUGGCUCAAGUACAAUUUUAUAAGAAAGAAGAUGCUAAUGAUAGUGGUGAAACAAUGGAAGCACUUGUUCAUAAAUCUAGUGGUGGUGAUAGAAAUACAAGUGGUAAUACUAGUUCACAUAUUCAAUAUUCCGCAUUAUCAAACAUGAAUCCACCAUCAUCAAAUCCAGCUACUCCAAUACCACAGGUUGCCUUGUCACAAUCAGCUACGAUUGCAAAAGCUGCUUACCCUGUUCGUGACAGUGCACAAUUUGUAGACCUUGUCUCAGCAGUUCUUUUUCCUGUUGCCUUUAUUGUAUUUAAUAUUAUUUACUGGAUGGUCUAUCUUAAUAUGCAAGUUGAGUAUGUUCUGAAAUAA